CGCUGAGGCUGCGGUACAUAGUCACCCACAAAAAUUUCCCAACAUCCCCGUCCUUCCAGCUCGCGGCCCCUUGGCUUUUUAUAUUGGGCUUUUCGCUCCUUGGUUGAUUGGCAAGGGCAUUUGACGUUGACCUAGUCAAUAUUUCCAGCAGUUGCAAUCCCCUGACAGAUUCUGCACAAUAUGGCGCCUUCGAAGUGGGACGACGAGGAGGACAGCUCUGGACCUCCUUCCCCGGCUCCCGUUGCCGCGUACCGCCGCAAGUUCGACGAUGAAGAGGAAGAAGAUGUUCUUGACUCUUGGGAUGCCGCCGAAGACUCCGAGGCUGAGCGGGAAAAGGCAGCCAAGGCAGCGGCCGCCAAAGCGAAGGCCGAUGCCGAGGCCGCCGCUAAGAAGAAGUCCAAGGCAAAGCGGAUAGAGGAUCACAUUGAGGAGCGCCGACGGCUAGCCGAGGAGGAAUCGGAGGAGGAAAUUAGCGAGGACGAGGCGGAGCGCAAGGCCCGUCUCCGCCGCACCGAGAAGGACUCCGACCUGAAGCACGCAGAGGACCUGUUCGGCGAGAUUGACAUGAACCGGAACCGUGGCAAGAACAAGGCAAUCGUCGUCAACGACUCGGCGGACCCGACGCAGGCGGUCGAUCUGUCGGCCAUGCCGCUCUUCAAGCCCUCGACCAAGGACCAGUUCGCCAAGCUCAGCGAUACCCUGAUCCCCUUGCUGACUGCCCAGUCAAAGAAGGCCCAUUUCUCCCUGUGGGCACAGGAGUUCACUAAGCGGCUUGUCAAGGAACUCCCAAGCGGCGAAAUUAAGAAGGUGGCCAGCGCCCUGACGACGCUCAGCAACGAGAAGAUGAAGGAAGAGCGUCAGGCCGACAAGGGCUCCAAGAAAUCCAAGGCCGCCAAGACGAAGGUCUCCCUGGUCACCUCGCGAGACAACAAGAUCGACAACACGUCUUAUGACGAUGGGCUCGAGGACGACGACUUCAUGUGAACAACAUUCCCAAAAGGGUAAAAAAAAGAACAGUGCGAACAGAAAAAUAACAAAAGGGGAGAGGGGGGAGCAAAACCAUAUUCUUGGUGCUUUGACUUUUCUUUUAGCAAUUUUCUUCACCUUAUUCUCCCCUUUUAAAUCAGACGGAUCUCUAUCAAUCAGAUCCGCCUUUUCCCCUCCCUUUAUUUCUUGUUCCAUAUAUGCUUGCAUCUGGUUAGGGCUCUUACAGAGAUUCCCAAGUCCUACUAUCUAUCUACAUCUCUACCCUUUCUCCCCUCUGUCCUAUAUGAUCUUUUUCUAGAUGGUAUUCUUCCCUUGAUGAAUUUAAACGAUUUCAGUCC